AUGGCUUCCGUUCCCCUCUUGACUAUUGUUGAAGAGUCACGGGUAUCACCACCAGCGGCCACCAUAGGCGACAGGUUGUUGCCACUGACCUUCUUUGACUUUUGGUGGUUAAAGCAACACCCUCCUGUUCACAAUCUAUUCUUUUACGAGCUCUCAAUCACACAAACUCACUUCACUGAAAAUAUUAUUCCUAGUCUCAAACACUCUUUGUCAAUCACUCUUCAACAUUUUUUUCCAUUUUCUGGUCACUUGAUCGUGUUUCCUACUUCUACCAAAAAGCCGGAAAUCCGUUAUGUUGAAGGUGAUUCUGUUGCAGUGACUUUCGCAGAAUGUAACCUUGAUUUCAACGAACUAACGGGAAACCAUCCCCGAGAUUGUGGGAUGUUUUACUAUCUUAUACCUCAACUAGGCCAAGCUGAUAAAACUCAAGAUUUUACAAAGAUCCCGGUGUUCUCCGUUAAAGUGACACUUUUUCCAAACUCCGGAAUCUCUAUUGGAAUGACAAAUCACCAUUGCCUUGGUGAUGCUAGCACCAGGUUUAUUUUCUUGAAGGCGUGGACGUCGAUUGCUCAAUGUGGUACAGAUGAGUCGUUUCUAGCUAAUGGAACUUUGCCGAUUUAUGAUAGAGUAGUAAAAAACCCUAAACUAGAUGAAAAUUAUCUAAAGUUUGUGGAAGUUGAAAACUUUAAAGAAAAGUAUCAACCUCCAAAACUAUGUGGACCAACUGAUAAAGUUCGAGGCACAUUUAUAUUGCCUCGAACUUUGUUGCUUAGGUUGAAACGUUUAGUUUCAACCCGACUACCAACAUUAGCAUAUGUAUCAUCUUUUACGGUUGCAUGUGCUUAUAUCUGGAGUUGCAUAGCGUAUACACGCAACGAUGAGCUACAACUAUUUGGUUUCGCCAUUGAUUGUAGGACACAUAUGGAUCCCGUAAUCCCAACAGCCUAUUUCGGCAACUGUGUUAGCCGAUGUGGUGCUGUGGAAAAAACCACUGAGUUAAGCGGAAAAGAAGGGUUCGUGAAUGCUGCAAAAUUGCUCGGAGAAAGUUUACAUAAGACCUUGACUGAUAAAGAUGGAGUUGUUAAAGAAGUAGAGUCAUUUGGGUACUUGUUUGCCAAAGGGAUUCCAACAACAAUGAUUGGGGUCGCGGGAACACCAAAGCUCAAGUUUUAUGACAUGGAUUUUGGGUGGGGUAAGCCCAAAAAACUCGAAACAAUUUCGAUCGAUUAUAGUGGCUCAAUAUCCAUGAAUGGGUGUAGAGAAAAUAAUGAAGAUCUUGAGAUCGGCGUUUGCCUUGCGACCAAUGAGAUGGAGUCUUUUGUUCGUAUGUUUGAAGAUGGGUUGAAAAAAUACAUUUAGAUGCAACAUAUUUAGGUGAAAAUAAUGUUUUUAAAAACAUGCACCUUAUUAUAAUAAUCUUGUUAAAUACUGGUUUAAACUUACGAUCCAAAUUGACGUUUUUAUAUUCCUUCAACCAAUCUUAUUUUAUUG